GAAGUGGAGACCUCUUUCAGAAAGAACCAACAACAGAACAGCCAGCUGCAUUCUGUAAGGGCAGACGGGCCGCGGUUAUGAAUUCAAAACAACAGGCAACACGUCUGCAGAACAGGCUUGUGUAAAGUCGCGUACUGACCGUGUUGUACCUCUACUGCCAAGGAUAAGUGCAUCAUUUUGAAACCGGUUCUAAAGACGAAAUAAAGAUGUGGAUAACUCCGGAGGAGGUGUUGCUUGCCAACGCUCUGUGGGUGAGCGAAAGGGCGAACCCCUUUUUCAUUCUCCAGCGUAGAAAGGGCCAUGGCAAAGGAGGGGGUAUCACAGGCUUGUUGGUGGGCACCAUGGACGUGGUCCUCGAUUCCAGUGCCAGAGUUGCCCCCUAUAGGAUCCUGCAUCAGACUGGGGACUCCCAAGUCUUUUGGAGCAUUGCAUGUGGCUCCUCCAGGAAGGAGAUUACACAGCACUGGGAAUGGCUGGAAGCCAACCUGCUCCAGACUCUCUCAAUCUUCGACAAUGAUGAAGACAUCACCACCUUCGUCAAGGGGAAAAUCUCGGGCAUAAUCGCGGAGGAGAACAAGAGCAAGGCAGCCCUGGAGGACGAAGACUCCGGCAAAUUCCGCGAGGCUGAGCAGAAGAUGAGGAAGCUGUUUGGUAUGCCCGACGAGGAGAAGCUGGUCAACUACUACUCGUGUAGCUACUGGAAGGGGCGUGUCCCGCGGCAAGGCUGGCUCUACCUCAGCAUCAACCACAUCUGUUUCUACUCAUUCCUGCUGGGAAAAGAAGUCACCCUGGUGGUUCAGUGGACCGACGUGACGCGCCUGGAGAAGAACGCCACUCUUGUGUUCCCGGAGAGUGUGCGCGUGAGCACGCGGCACACGGAGCACUACUUCUCAAUGUUCCUCAAUGUCAACGACACCUUCAAGCUCAUGGAGCAGCUGGCCACCAUCGCCAUGCGCCAGCUGCUGGACAACGAGGGCUUCGCCGCGGACCGCUCCCUGCCGAAGCCCUGCAAGACGCUGAAGAAUGUGUCUGCACUCAAGAGGGACCUGGACGCGCGGGCGAAGAACGAGCGCUACCGGGCGCUGUUUCGUCUGACCCAGGACGAGCGGCUGGACGGACACACGGACUGCACUCUGUGGACGCCCUUCGCCAAGAUGCACAUCGUGGGCCAGCUGUUCGUCUCCAACAACUACAUCUGCUUCUGCAGCCGCGACGAGGACCUCUGUCAGCUCAUCAUCCCGCUCAGAGAGGUGUCCAUUGUGGAGAAGGCAGACAGCAGCAGUGUUCUCCCUUGUCCCGUGUCCAUCAGCACCAAGAACAAGAUGACCUUCCUCUUUGCCAACCUCAAGGACCGCGAUUUCCUGGUGCAGCGCAUCUCUGACUUCCUACAGCGCACGCCCGACAGGCUGUGGAGCGACGGGCACCCGCUGGCUCUCAUUGGCCACUCAGGUUCCUCCAGUCCUGGCACCAGUCCUCUCUCCUCAAGCCUCCCGACGUCCACGGGCUCAGCGGGAGACCCGGCCCAGCGGCGCCACUACAACUCGAGCCUGCCGACAGCCAGCCAGGGUCUGCUCCGCAUCUACCAGAAAGGUGACCCAGAGGACCUCGGACCCAAAGCUACCAGGGAGAAGAUGAAGGAAGAGUCCUGGAGUAUCCACUUCUUUGAGUUUGGCAGGGGUGUGUGUAUGUAUCGUACCUCCAAGACCAGGGAGCUGGUGUUAAACGGGAUCCCUGAGAGUCUACGAGGGGAGCUGUGGCUACUCUUCUCUGGAGCAAAGAACGAGAUGGACACCCACCCAGGCUACUAUGCGGAGCUGGUGGAGCAGGCCAUGGGCCGCUGCACCCUGGCCACGGAGGAGAUCGAGAGGGACCUGCACCGCUCGAUGCCCGAGCACCACGCCUUCCAGAAUGAAAUGGGCAUCGCUGCCCUCCGACGGGUCCUCACCGCGUAUGCCUGCCGCAACCCCGGCAUCGGUUACUGCCAGGCCAUGAACAUUGUGACAUCGGUGCUAUUGCUUUACUGUACAGAGGAAGAGGCCUUCUGGUUGCUGGUGGCUCUGUGUGAGAGGAUGCUUCCUGAUUAUUACAACACCAGGGUUGUGGGAGCUCUGGUGGACCAAGGUGUGUUUGAGGAGUUGACACGCGAGUGCCUCCCCCUCCUCUACGAGCACAUGCAGGAGCUGGGCGUCAUCUCCACCAUCUCCCUCUCCUGGUUCCUCACCCUGUUCCUCAGCGUCAUGCCCUUUGACAGCGCCGUGCUCCUGGUCGACUGCUUCUUCUACGAGGGCAUCAAGGUCAUCUUCCAGGUGGCUCUUGCUGUGCUGCACGCCAACAUGGACACCCUGCUGGGCUGCACGGAUGAGGGCGAGGCCAUGACCAUUCUGGGGCGGUAUCUGGACAAUGUUGUCAACAAGCAGACAGUGUCUCCUCCUAUCCCCCACCUCCAUGCCCUGUUGACCAGCGGCAAUGAGCCACCGCCAGAGAUUGACGUCUUUGAGCUCAUCAAGUCAUCGUAUGAUAAGUUUGGCAGUCUGCGUGCUGAUGACAUUGAGCAAAUGAGAUUCAAGCAGAGGUUAAAGGUUAUCCAAUCGCUGGAGGACACCGCCAAGAGGAGUGUGGUAAGGGCCAUCAUGACUGACUCUGCCUUCAGCAUCGAGGAACUUGAGGAACUCUAUGUCCUCUUCAAGGCCAAGCACAUCAUGAGCUGUUACUGGGGGGCCAGCAGCACGGCAGCGGAGCGCCACGACCCCAGCCUGCCCUACCUGGAACAGUAUCGCAUCGACCUGGGCCAGUUCUGCCAGCUGUUCGGAGCCCUGGGCACCUGGCUGUGCGGCACGCACACCGCCACCCUGGCCGCCCGACUCUUCCGCCUGCUGGACGGCAACCGGGACGGCCUCGUCAACUUCAAGGAGUUCGUCACGGGCCUGAGUGGCAUGUAUCACGGAGACAUGACAGAGAAACUCAAGCUACUGUACAAACUUCACCUGCCGCCAGCGUUGUGUCCAGAGGAGGCGGAGUCAGCACUUGAGGCUACACAGUUCUUCACUGACGAUGAAUCUACUCAGGAAUCUCCCUUCCUGUCUGAUAUGGACUUCCUGGUGCAGGAAGUGACCUCAGGAGAGGAGGUGAAAGAGGCUGGGGAGGCGUCUGGAGGCAGAGAUGCGGAGGAGAAAAAGGAGGUGAAGGACUACAAGUAUUACCUGAGGAUGUGGGCCAAGGAAAAGGAGCCCCGGAAGGAGACCAUCAAAGACCUUCCCAGGAUGAACCAGGAGCAGUUCAUUGAGCUGUGUAAGACCCUGUACAACAUGUUCAGUGAGGACCCCCUGGAGCAGGAACUUUACCACGCCAUCGCCACCGUGGCCAGCCUGCUGCUUCGCAUCGGAGAAGUCGGCAAGAGGUUCGGCAACGGCAACGGCGGCAGGAAACCCAACGGCGCCGCCGACGCUCCGGCGGCUGAACUGCCCCGGCCCGAGAAGGAGGAUCCGAACGGGGGCAGCGGCCCGGGGCAGUCCCUGGUCUGCCAGGCCUUGGCGGAGGCCCAGCUGGAGACGCCCCCCCAGCAGACGUCGGACGAGGAGGUGAAGGACGACACGUCGGUGUCGUCCUACUCUGUGGUGAGUGCCGGUUCCCUGCAGUGCGAGGACAUCGCCGACGACACCGUCCUGAUAGGCUGCGGCGGUGACCAGCAACGGCGAGGCAGCACGCUGGAUGGCGAUUGGUCCAUCACCUUCGAGCAGGUGCUGGCGUCGAUGCUCACCGAGCCGGCCCUGGUGGAUUACUUCGAGAAGAAGGGAGACAUCCAGGCUAGGAUGGCGGCCUGCAAGAUGCAGAGGGCGGUGGAAAGACAGGUGAGCUCGUCAAGCGACCACGAGCUGGCCCAGCUGUCCACCUGAGCGUUACCCGCCGGGCCUGGAAACGUCCGGAACUAGGCGAGCUCCGUUGUCCCUUCUGACCUGUGGAGGAAACCUGUCGCUCUCCAGCUGGAGUAACCGUUGGUUCUGACUCACUCCCAUUUCACAUGGAGCUCCAGACCUGCACCUCUGUUGUGAUUUAUAUUUCCAUUUCCAAAACCAGAUGUGUGUGCGCGUGCGUGAGUAUAGGAGUAAUACAGUGUAUGUAACAAAGUACUUGCAUAUGAAAGAUCUUAAGCACCCUCAGUCUGCCUAGCUGUUCCUACCUUGGAAAACAUUUCCCUGACUCAACCUAAGCUUGUCCCUGGACUACAACGCCCGUCCCAUAGAGAUUCUCCAUUGAGCGACAUUUUCUGGUCCAGGACUAAGCUAACUGUUGGUCUGGGAAAUGGGCCCUUCCUUGAGCAGCAGUGGCUAAUCCAUGGAUACGAUGACAGGAACCUGGGAGCAGGAUAUCGUUUAUAUAUGUUUACCCACUGGAUUUGUACAUCUUCUGUGCGCUCUUUCUGUUGCUCUAAGCACUCUGCAAACCACAAUCAAACCAGGUUAAAAGCCUUUAAAUGGAAGCUCUGCAUGAUGCCUGUAUAAGCAGGCAAUACGACACGUAGGGGUGUUGCAUAUGGCCAAUAUACCACUGCUAACAGGUGCUUUUAGGUACAAUGCAUUUCGGAUACUGGCAAUAUAUAACAAACCCUGAGAUUACCUAUUGCGCUUUUGAACCAGUUUCCAAAGUAAUUAGUGCAGUGAAAAGUGAUAGGGUGAUAUGGUCUCAUAUACCAAUGGCUAUCAGCUAAACAACAUUCAAGAUUCAAACCACCCAGUUUAUUAGACAUGAGGUAUAUAUAAACAUUGUGUGUAUCUAUAUACACGUCUUUGUCUCUUAACUCUACAGCCCUCUCAAGCUAAACAUACAAAUCCUUGCCUUAAAAAAUAAAAAAUAAAACACUGGGUGUUAGUUUUUCGAGAAGUAGCAUAUUUUUUGCGUGGAGGUUUUAGAGGGAACAUCGGGAGAACGUUGCUGCUCCCCAUUCAGUUCUCUGGCCAGUAGUUGCUUUAAGAGCCGCGUUCCAGAAGUGGUUUGUCGAAAAUGCCUCUGUGUGCGCACUCAACUUACCAUGGCAACACAAAGGUGUGGUCAAGCAAAAUGAUUUCUCCACCCAUAACGCACCAAUACACCGCCUUCGGAUAGGAAGUGGAGCUUCUGUUGUCGGGUGAGUUGCCUACACUCGUGAUUUACCAGGAACCAAUUGGACUGUUGUGCAAAUGCAGGGAUACAGCAGUGUUGUUGGCUUUCUGGUGCGCAUAGGAGCUCAGUGAGGAUAUCUGCGUUAGCAGGAGACUCUCCACAGAUUGAGCACUGCCAAGUGGUAUUCAGAAGGAAUGUUGUUGUUUUUUAUUUUAUUGAGAUUACAUUGUUUUAAAUGAAUGCCCUUCUUGGUAGUAUAUAGGUAGUAUAUCUCUUCCCCUGGUUCAAAGCCGACUCCAGGAGGAUGUUAUCUGGCAGUUACGAAAUUGGCUCAAGGAUAUUCUUUCACCCAAAUAACUAAGAUGGUUUUACCGUUACAGUCAUUAGGACUGUCUUUCAAGUUAGUGUUAUCGUAUAUGGUCGACGGUCACCUUGGCAAUGCACUGUCAGAAAAACUAAGGAAACGUUUAUUGAUGGUUUACUGGAAUCAGUCACCGCCUCAUCACAGAUCUUCAUGACAUUUCUGUCUCAAAACACUUCCUAAAACACAGUAACGCUUUCCUCAUGCCAGUACCAUCACUAACUGUAAAUUGACACAUUUCUGUGUACUUAAAAGCUUUAAAUGUAUAAGAUGUUUCUCUGUAACAAUAUAAUAUAGGCAUCAUACUCAUGAUACAUUGGGAAAACAGUGUUACUCUUCUGAAUAUACCUUGUUUUAACAGACACAGUUUGUGCUUUAUACUUGAUACUUAGACUCUAUCCACAUUAGUCACAAAUGCAGAUCUUUUGCACUGAAACCUCUACAGAAUGCCCCAUGCCCAAUUUGAUCCACUGUGUGUAUAAUAUUUGACUGGAAAUGACCAUGUAUGACCAGAAAAUGUAUCUUUGCCAACCUCUUGUUGUAAAUGCAUUCAGCUCCCCUUUGGUUGAAUGCAUUAGAUGUAAGCAAUAUGGUUACUGUGACAUUCUUUAAGAUAUACAUAUCUUGCAAAUUGCUAAUUCCAAUCUAGGUCUAAAAAUGCUAAUGGAGACGGGAGUAGAGGAUUGUUUGACAGGCUCCUUGGCAUUCAAGUUUCCGUCAUGGUUAUCCAGACAGGUCUGAGAUCAGUUAAGAAAUGUGCUGGCGCUACUCAUAAUACUGGUCUUCAAACAGUUCUACCAUGACACUAAAUCCAGACUGUAAUUAAAGGUUAUCCGCCAUCUGCAUAAUCUGAAAACGAAAUUUUUGGGAUGCAUUCAUUCCACAAAACACAGCAUUUUAGUGGUGGAAUGUUUAGUUAAACUGAUUUUUUUUU